GUGACACAGAGACACAGGCAGAAUCUCUAUCUACUCUUCUCACACCAUAUUCCUAUUUCUAUUUCUAUAUCUUUCUUUCUAUUACUACCGCAGCAUGCACAUCACAAACCAUGCGGCUUAUUACAGUUUUGUCCCUCACACGUUUCUUAAUUCACUUGUUGUUGCCCCUCUGGCUCAGUCAGCAACAGCAACAGCAACAACACCUUCACCUUUGAGUUGUUCUUGUCUUGUUCAUGGCUGUGUCCAACGGCGUCGAAGCUGUGCUAGAGUUUCUCAGGAAUAAUGGGUUAUCGGAAGCCGAGUCUGCUCUCAGAGAAGACAUCAUCGAGAAGAGUGAUCUGGGGUCCUUUGACUACGAGAAAUUCUUCUUCCCCAUGGUUCCGCCGCCGCCUCCGGUCAGGGUCCGAUCCUUUUCGCGGCCGUCGGAGUCGCCGGGCUUCGCCGGAGACUGCUCCAAAUCGACCUCUGUUUCGUCGGAGGAUGAGUUUGUGAGCAUCGGGUCGUCCACUUCUCGUGUUUCUUCUUCAGAAUUCAUCAAUCCGUAUGGAAUCCGUUCCUCAUCUCAGACUCAGAAUGAUUCCGAAUCUUCUUCUGAUAGAUUAUCUCAAUUCGGCACAGCACGAGAUUAUCACGAAUUUGAUAUGCAAAAUGAACCAUAUUGGUAUAAUGAAAAAGAUGAUGACAAUUUCUUGACUCCUAGUUUUGAAGGGACGGAUUUCGUUGGGUGUGAAAGUGAAGAUAAGUUUGUCAUGACAGCAGAAACUGAAAAUCAACAUGACAGUUCUCUGGGUUUUAAUUUCAACCAUGAAGAAUUUCAAUCAGAGGGAAAUGGUGCUUACAAGGACAAGGCAUGCCUUUAUAAUCAUUCCUCUCUAGGGGAUGGAAAUGUGACUCACUCACAAGGCUAUUGUCAUGUGGAUAAUAAAGACCAGGUUGAAGGGCAAUUAGAGGGCAAGGAUGAGAAACACACCAUUCCCUAUAGUUGUGAAGUUCCAUUUUGCAAAAGCUGUGGAGGUUCAGGAGAUUCUUGUAGUGGGGAUCCUACAAACUUCAGCUACCCUAAUUUGAAGGAAAUCCAUCUGAAUGAUUUUCAUUUGAAGGUUGUUGGGGAUAUUACCCCAUUUGAUUCUGCCCCAGAACAUACUUUGAAUCGAAGUUUUGACUACCACACUAAAAAUGACAGCAGUAAGGGGGACAGGGGUCCUUAUGACUUAACUAACAAAGUUGCUGAAACAGAUCUACCAAAUGGAUUUGACACCUACAAGGCAGGAGAUGGAAGAGAAUCCGGUGAAGAGUGCCAAGAUCCAGAUGUUAUUGCAGAUGGAGAGGAUACUACUGAUGAUGAACUCUUAAAGUACAUUCAAGAGGAUGAAUAUGAAGUCUUUGACCUGAGAAUUAUACAUAGAAAGAACAGGACUGGAUUUGAAGAAAGCAAGGAACUUCCCAUUGUGCUAAAUACAGUCAUGGCUGGCAGGUACUAUGUAACAGAGUAUCUUGGUUCAGCUGCCUUCAGUAGGGUUGUUCAGGCACAUGAUCUUCAGAUGGGAAUAGAUGUUUGCUUGAAGAUUAUUAAAAAUGACAAAGACUUUUUUGAUCAAAGCUUAGAUGAAAUCAAGCUUCUGAAACUUGUCAAUAAGCAUGACCCAACAGAUGGACGCCACAUAUUGCGUCUUUAUGACUAUUUCUACCAUCAGGAGCAUUUAUUCAUUGUAACUGAACUUCUGCGAGCAAACUUAUAUGAAUUUCAGAAAUUCAACCUAGAAUCUGGAGGGGAAGCAUAUUUUACAUUGAACAGGUUGCAGCUCAUUACUCGUCAGUGUUUGGAGGCAUUGCAAUACUUGCAUAACUUGGGAAUUGUUCACUGCGACCUGAAGCCAGAAAACAUUCUAAUCAAAAGUUACAAAAGAUGUGAAAUAAAGAUUAUUGAUCUCGGAAGCAGUUGCUUUCAAACAGACAAUUUGUGCCUAUAUGUACAAUCCCGAUCUUAUAGAGCUCCUGAAGUGAUGUUAGGCCUUCAAUAUGAUGAAAAGAUUGAUAUAUGGUCUCUUGGUUGCAUCUUGGCUGAGCUAUGCUCUGGUGAAGUGCUCUUUCCAAAUGAUGCAGUUGUGAUGAUUCUCGCCCGCAUGAUUGGAAUGAUUGGUCCUAUUGAUCUGGAGAUGUUGGUGAAAGGGCAGGAAACACACAAGUACUUCACCAAAGAGUAUGAUAUUUAUUAUUUAAACGAGGAGACUAAUCAAAUGGAGUACAUAAUUCCAGAGGAGUCAUCAUUGGAGCAGCACCUACAGGUUACUGAUACUAUGUUUAUCGACUUUGUCAGAUACUUGCUUAGCAUAAACCCCAAAAGAAGGCCUACAGCAAGACAGGCGCUAAAGCAUCCAUGGCUUUCUUAUGUUUACAAGUCAUAGGAAGGUUCAGUAAUUCUGUUGGGAGUUAUCCAUAUCAGUCAUGAUCUCAUGAGCUUAUUUUCCGCAUACAGUGAAGCUUGCAAUCACAAUUUUGGUUUGUUUAUAAGCAACAGCAAGUGAAUUUACUUUCUCAUGUUGUAUGUUUUUUUUCCUGUUGAUUAACAGAUUGUUCUUUUGUACAGAACUUCAGCCCAUUAUUUUUGCUUUCCAUGAAUUGGGAGGUUUGAGCAUUACCAGAAUAACAUUUUCGUGUCACCCUUUUGAUUCUAUCAUUGGUCCUAUAAUGCAUAGGUCCUUGAAGGCUUCAUUGCAAAAACUAUGUUUG